AUGACGGCGGUCUACAUCAAGAAUCGCCUACCAUCGCCCAAGUGCCAAGAUCAAACCCCGUUCGAGAUUGUCAACGGAUUUCGACCAAGUGUGAAGCACGUGCGGGUUUUCGGCUGCCGAACGUUUGUGCUGACCCCUAAGGAAAAGAGAUCGAAACGGGAUCCGAAGGCUCGUGAAGGACUAUUCAUGGGGUACGAAGAAGUGUCGAAGGCAUAUCGCGUUUACGACAUUGAAGCGGAUCAAGUGGUGAUAUCUCGCGAUGUCACAUUCGACGGAUCAACGCUUGGUUUCUCGCCGACUCUACCACACGAAAUUGCUGAUGACACUGCGCUGGAUAUCGAAUCGAUGAACAUCAGCGAUGAGCCUCACCCCAUGCAGUUCAAGCAAACUGGAAAACGCAGAAGCCGUCCAAACAGCCAAGAACAAGUUCUACAACGGACACUUCCUGAGCGUCGUGGAACCGGGUUAGAAGAAGCAAGUGCCCCGGAUAACUUUGAAUCGCACCAAGCGAAGCGACGGUCAAGCGCUCGAGCCAAUCUGGACGAAGAGCGAAAGGGCAGUGACGAAGAUAACGAGGAUGCUACACCUCAAGUCUUUUGGCGAGCGAGUGCCAACGCAGUCGAAGGUACUGACUUGUCUGAGCUGACAACGUUUAAAGAUGCUGUUGAUGGACCGGAUCAAGUGCAUUGGUGUAAAGCUAUCUGUGCUGAGUUGGACUCGAUGAAACUUCGUGGCGUGCUUCGAGCGACCAAACUGCCAGCUGGACAGUAUACCAUUGGCACCAAGUGGGUAUUCAAUAUCAAGCGGAAAGCUGAUGGAUCCAUCGAGAAAUACAAGGCGCGUCUCGUGGCAAAAGGGUUCAAGCAGAAAUAUGGCAUCGACUACACGGAGACGUUUUUGCCGGUAGUCAAGUACGUGACGCUGCGCAUGGUAGUUGCAAUCACGAAGUACUUUGACUGGAAACUGGACCUACUGGACGUGGUGACAGCUUUGCUAUGCGGAGAGAUGAAGGAAAAGGUAUUCUGCGCGAUCCCAGAAGGGGUCGAAGUUGAUGAAGACUUUGACUGCUUCGAAUUGGUGAAGGCGAUCUACGGACUAAAACAAGCAUCGCGCGUAUGGAACGAGACUUUCUAUGAGUUCGUCUGCUCCAUUGGAUUUCAAGUAUCCGAUUUUGACCCGUGUCUUUAUCUCAAAAUUACAAGUGGCGAGUGCGUGCUUUUGCUGGUAUACGUCGAUGAUGUGUUGGUGACUGGCAGCUCGACCGAACUGAUUAUGCGUACCAAGAGUGACUUGAAGGCGCGUUUCGAAAUGACUGACAGCGGCAAGUGCGCAUUCGUGUUGGGCAUCGAGAUGGUGGACAACGACAACGGUAGCCUGACGAUGUGCCAGCGACGCUACGUGGAAGAUGUUCUCAAGCGUUUUGGCAUGAGCGACUGCAAAGCCGUCACCAGCCCAACAGACAUCAGUUCUUGA